AGUUCAGCAGGUUGAUCCAGUUGAAGCAAGGAUGUUUUGUGGUUUGCUCUAGAUAUUGACGCUUUGGAGGAAAGUGAACCUUGGCCUUCUCUGUAAUGCAUAGAAUCUCUUAUAGAAAUUCACAAAUGUUUCAGUCAGCAAUGAAGCCCUUGAAGAUCGAAAACUGGGCAUCAUACAUCUUGCAGCGACUCAUGUCCUUGUUGGAGAAAGGAACCAAAUGUGAUGCUGUUUUGCAGCUUGCAGAUGGGAAGUCAUUCAUGGCCCACUCUCUGAUCCUGUUCACCUGCAGUCCCUAUUUUGACAAACCACAUCAUAAGCUCAAUGAUGGGUCAUCAGUAUUUCUUCUACCUCCUGAGACUGAUGAUGAGUCUCUUGUUGCCAUCCUCAGGUUCAUGUACACGGGGAAGCUUGACAUCUCCCAUGAGAAUUUCACUCGGAUUCACAAACUGGCCAAGAUUCUGCAAAUGCACAUUCUCGUCCAGUUUCUGGCCUCGAUCAAACGUAGCCCGGUGGCAUCGACCCGAAGUCCUCAGGUGCCCAAGAGUGCUCAUACUGCUGAUAUGUGUUGA